AUGACAAAAACUGUGGACAUGAUUAAGUUUGCCAACACCUGGAUAUCUGAUAUUGCACCUAUGGCUAGACUUAUCUUAGAGGAGAAUAAGGACAAGUCUAGGAUAUGCAAGGUGCUUUGGAAUGCUAAUGUUGGGUUUGAGAUCGGAGAAGGGGAGUACAAGCAUACAGUUAACUUGGCUGAUAGAGUUUGUAGUUGUAGAACUUGGCAACUGAGAGGCAUUUCAUGCCAACAUGCUAUUGCUGCUUUGUGCCACAUAGAACAGGAGCAUGAACCUCUUGUGGAGCAUUGGUAUAAGAAGGAUACCUUCUUAAAGGCUUAUAGUCAUUUCAUCCAACCAAUUCCAAAUAUGAAGAUAUGGCCUAAAACUAACAAUCCAAGGAUUGAACCUCCUGAACCUAAACCAAUGCCUGACAGACCUGCAAGAAGUAGAAGAAAGGGCAAAGAUGAACCAAGAAAGAAGUAUGGAAAAAUGUCCAAACAAGGGGUAAAACAGACUUGUUCCAUGUGUAAACAACAAAGUUAUAACAAGAAAUAUUGCAAGGUUGUUGGUCAAAGUUCAGAAGAAAGUUUCUAA